UCCAUUGAGCGAUAUUAAUAAAAGGAAACAAAUUUAAGAAAACCAGUCAAAAUUCAGCAUGGCGGUCGUCGAAAAGUUCAUCCAGGAUAUUGCAGACAAUUUAGGGGCUUCAGAAAUGGCCAUAAGGUUUCUGUUGUCUUUAUUUGCAGGUUAUCCACUAGCUUUUCUUUAUAGAAGUUUCAUAUUUGGUAGAUCACCUAACAUACAACAUAUAUAUUUUACGAUCUGUGGAAUUUCUCUUUGUUACUUUAACUAUGGUACAGAUGUAGUACAUUCCAUGAUCAAUAUAGCUGUCACAUACAUUUUGCUGCUUGUAUGUCCUGGUUCAAAGUUUUCAAUAUUAUUUGGAUUUAUAUUUAAUUCAUUGUAUUUAGUGAUAGCAUAUUAUAAAUGUACGGAUCAGACAUUGACCUGGACUACACCACAAUGUGUUAUUUGUCUACGAUUGACCGCUGUUGUUUUUGAUGUCUACGAUGGUCAAAAGAGUAAGGAAAAAUUGUCUGAAGAUCAGAAAGAAUCUGCCAUAUCUGAAGUGCCUUCCCUCCUGGCGAUCUGUGGACAGACAUACUACUUUGGUACAUUUCUAGCGGGACCACAGUUUAACAUAAAGAGAUACCUCCAGUUUGUAAAUGGAGAAUUUGAUGAUCCACAACAUAAAGGACCUUCCAGGAGUGUUGGACCAGGACUUACAAGGAUGAGUAUGGGUAUACUAUACAUAGCUAUGUACCAGAUUGGGGGUCUGCUGUUUAAUGAGGAACAUAUGUUAGCUGAUGAUUUUAUGAAUCGUUAUUUUCUAACCAGAUGUGCUUAUGUGUUGUUUUAUGGAAGAAUCUUAUUUUGUCAGUAUAUAGGAUGCUGGUUGAUAGCAGAAGGAGUAUGCAUACUGAAUGGUCUGUCUUACAAUGGAAAAGACGAAAAUGGAAACAUAUUAUGGGAUGGAAUACAGAAUGUGAAACUGUACUCAUUAGAAACAGCCACUUCAUUCCAUGGUUUGAUAUCUGCCUUCAACAUUAAUACCAAUCUUUGGAUGGCAAAAUAUCUUUUCAAAAGACUGAGAUUUAUGGGCAGCAAACUAUUAUCCCAGUCAGUAACCCUAUUUUAUCUGGCAUUAUGGCAUGGUCUAAAAACUGGAUACUACAUGAACUUUUUCCUGGAGUUUUUUAUGGUCAACACUGAGAAUCAGAUGACUGCCUUAUCAAAGAAAGUGCCAGCCAUACAGAAAUUGUCUUCCAUGCCAAAGCUGCAGCCAUUUGUUUGGGUUGUAAAGAAGACAUUUAUUACUUUCUCGUUAAGUUAUGCCUUAGUUAGUUUUGGAUUGUUAGAAUGGAACAAAUAUUUUAAGGUUUAUGGAUCCAUAUAUUACAUAGGUCAUGUGAUAUUUAUGUUAGUACCAUUGGUGGUUUAUUUGUUUGCUAAAGUUCCUAUUUCAGUCUAUACAUCACAUAGAAGAAAAAUGAGCAGAGAAUUAAAAGAAGAGAAAGUGGACUGAUUGAUACCUUCAACUUUGCUAAAUUGUAUUUGCAAGUCUCGAUAAUUCAAAUCUAGUAACCCACCAUAUCACUUCAGUUUGUAGUAAAGUUUAUGUUGCAAUAUAUAUUUUAUGAUUUACUAGUUGUUACUGCUUAUAAUAAUUAAAGUUCACAUUUUCUAAUAUUCUAAAUCCUUUGAUUUUGUUGUAGGUUAACCCUAAAUAACUUUAAUUUGAAGCCUAUUUUUGUUUAUUUUUUUGUGUUCUAUUCUGUAUAGUUAUUUUAUCAUGUGUUUUUUAUGUUAUAUGUAUAUUUAUUGAACUGUUGAAUUUAUUUAAAUUUGAAUUAGAUUUGUUUAUUACUGUAAUAUAUGUUU